GGGGGGGGGUGGGUUGAAUGAAAGUGCAAGAUUAGGCAUUAUGUUCUCUCUUCUAUCUCUCGCUUCGCGUUCGGUUCGAUUCGAUUCGAUUCGAUCCGAUCCCUAACAUAACACGAGAGAUAAAAUAAAAAAGCUUUGCUACUGAUCUGACGGGGGAGCGGAAGCAGCAGCAGCAGCAGCAGAAGAAGAAGAUGGACGAAGAUCACGACGAAGCGCUGGAGCACGAAGUCUAUGGGGGGGAAAUCCCCGACGAAGGCGAAGAAGAGGAAGGAGAAAUUGAAGCUGAAGCUGUUGAUGGUGAUGGUGAUUACUACGAAGAUCCAGCAUCCGCCGGCGCCCCUACCACCUCCUCCAGCUCCAAGGACCUGGAGGACAUGAAGAAGAGGCUCAAGGAGAUCGAAGAGGAAGCCGGUGCUCUCCGUGAAUUGCAGGCUAAGGUCGAGAAAGAGAUGGGCUCUGCUCAAGAUUCCCCUGGUGCCUCUGCAACUAUGGCUGAAAAGGAAGAGGUUGAUUCGCGGUCAAUCUAUGUGGGCAACGUAGAUUAUGGGUGUACACCUGAGGAAGUUCAACAGCAUUUCCAAUCCUGUGGAACAGUCAACCGAGUCACCAUUCUGACAGACAAGUUUGGCCAACCCAAAGGAUUUGCCUAUGUGGAGUUUGUCGAAGUUGAUGCUGUUCAGAAUGCUCUCUUAUUGAACGAAUCAGAACUGCAUGGUCGUCAGUUGAAGGUCUCUGCCAAGAGAACUAACAUCCCGGGAAUGAAACAGUACAGAGGAAGACGUCCGAACCCAUUCUUCCGAUCUAGGAGGCCCUUCAUGCCUGGUGCUCCUAUGUAUCCUCCUUAUGGGUAUGGGAGGGUUCCGAGGUACAGGCGACCAGUGCGAUAUAGGCCGUACUGAUGAGUUAAUGUCAGUCACUUUGAUAGUCUCCUGAAAGGAGCGGGAUGCCAAGAGCCGGUCUCUGCAGUUGCAGCUGUGCUCCUGCUUUGUCACAGGAGCACCUUAGGAUCAUUUACACAUUGAAGGCGGACUGAUUGUCUUCUUUUUAUUAUUAUUCUUCCUCUUGCGCUUAAAAUCAGAGGCCCUGCUGUUGCUGUAUUGUUGUUCUUACGGUAAAAGAAUUCUGCAGCGUAUGGAGAUACGAGUCUGCCAGGCUGCUGUGGGAGAAUAGAAAAGGGAACAACUCGACUGUGCUUUUUGUUAAUUAUUUGUUUUUUUUCUUUAAAAGAAACUUGCCUGCUGUAAUUUGAGUUACGAGAUGGAAAUUUUCGUAUAGAAGUGGAGUGAGUGGAGAAUGCAACGUUGAUGUGAAUCAUUGGCUGCUGCUGCUGCUGGUUUUGGCUUCUACUCAUAGGAAAAAUAUAUUGCUUGU